AUGGAGUUUUUCAAAAUCCCACCUCUGUUUCUGCUUCUUCUGAGCUCAAUUGUGUCCCUGGCUGGAGGCCAAAGCAGUAGUGGUAACCAGAUAACGAAGGAUGAGCACCAAGCUUUGCUCGAUUUCAAGUCCAAAAUUACCUCAGACCCAUUUGGAUUCCUCAACUCCUGGACCAGCAACUACACCAACAGCUCUUCUUCUUCAAUCCAUUACUGCAAAUGGGCAGGGGUUACCUGUGAUGGAGGCAACCAGAGAGUCACUGAGCUCGACCUCAGCUCUCAGCUCCUCCGCGGCUCGAUUUCCCCGUCGAUCGCCAAUCUCUCUUCUCUAAGGGAACUGUGGCUCUACAACAACAGCUUCUCCGGCGAAAUCCCUCCCGGAAUCGGCAGCUUGACAAGCCUCCAGAUUCUCGCUCUGCAAAGCAAUCUCCUCACCGGCGAAAUCCCGGCGAACAUCUCCGGCUGCUCCGACCUCGCCGGCCUUGUUCUCGGCGACAACAGGUUGGUCGGCAAGAUUCCGGAUUCAUUCGGAGGCUUCAAGAAGCUCUGGAUUUUGAAUCUCGAGUUCAAUAAUCUUACCGGCGGCAUCCCGCCGUCACUCGGCAAUGUUUCCACUUUAGAGCAAAUCGCCACGACGUCCAACAGCAUCGGAGGAACGAUCCCUGAGUCGUUCGGCCGCCUCAAGAAGCUCAAUUAUUUGUCCAUGGGAGGAAACUUUUUGACUGGAACGAUUCCCGCUUCCAUCUACAACAUUACUUCCAUGGGCGUGCUCUGUUUUCCAGUGAAUCAGCUUCAGGGGACGAUUCCUCCGGACAUCGGGAACCUUCUUCCAAACCUCACCGAGCUCAACGUCGGCGACAAUCAGUUCACUGGAACAAUUCCCGCUUCGCUGUCCAAUGCUUCCAACUUGGAGAGGUUUACGAUUGCUGUCAACCGAAUCUCUGGAACUAUGCCUUCUAUGGCGAAGAUGCACAAGCUCUGGUGGCUGAGUAUUUCGACUAAUUUGCUUGGAACUGGCGAAGCUGGUGAUUUAGACUUCCUUUCAACCAUCAGCAAUCGGUCAAGUUUACAGUUGGUCUCUCUGAGUGCCAACAAUUUUGGCGGAUCCCUGCCGAAAACCGUCGUUAAUUUCACCGAGCUCUCGAUUCUGACUAUGGAUGUCAACAAGAUAUCAGGAAGCAUACCAGAAGGAAUGGCGAACCUAAAGAAAUUGGAGUUGUUAGAUAUGGGAAACAACCAAUUCACCGGCUCUGUUCCUGAAGAGCUUGGGAAGUUGGGGAAUUUGAAGAAAUUGCAUCUCCAGAGAAACGAAUUCUCUGAUGGAAGAAUUCCCUCUUCUUUUGGGAAUUUAAGUCAAUUGACGCAUCUCCACAUGCAGUAUAGUUCUAUUCAGGGGACCAUUCCUCCAAGUUUGGGGAACUGCCGGAAUUUACUGUCGCUGAAUCUCGACGGAAACAAUCUCGCCGGAGAAAUCCCCGGAGAUCUUCUGAGUAUUUCAUCUCUGACCAUCUACUUGGGCCUGGCAGAGAACAGAUUGACAGGCUCCUUUCCAAGACAAGUGGGAACUUUAAAAAACCUCGGGAUACUUAACGUCUCUCAUAACCUGUUAUCCGGCGAAAUUCCGGCGAGCUUGGGAAGCUGCGUUAGACUGGAGACGCUUCUGCUGCAGAACAAUUCUUUCCAGGGAUCCAUCCCCUCGUCUCUCAGUUCGUUAAAGGGUAUUCAAGUCUUGAACUUUGCGAACAACAAUUUGACUGGGGAAAUCCCGGAGUUCAUCGGGAGCUUCCAGUCGCUGACGAGCUUGAAUCUGUCGUUCAACGGAUUCCAUGGCAGAGUACCGAAUGAAGGCGUGUUCAGAAACUCGACGGCGGCUUCCAUUUCGGGGAAUGGUGAGCUAUGCGGCGGAAUUUCUGAAUUCCGACUGCCUGUUUGCAGCAAAUUGAAGGAGAAGAGUAAAGCAAAGAGAUUCUCCACCGCCGAGAAAGCCAUGAUAAUUGGAGCUUCCAGCUUGGCCUUGCUUGCUCUGUUUUUAUCUCCCCUGUUUCUACUCUGUAUCAAAAGGAAGAAGAGAGUGGAACCAGAUGAAGAAGCUUCACCGAAUCGCCUCCCCCAAAUGAGUUACCACAGCCUGCGGAAGGCGACUGAAGAUUUCUCUCCUCAAAAUUUGAUCGGAACCGGAAGUUUCGGUUGCGUAUACAAAGGGAUAGACCCAAACGACGGUGACAAAAUCAUAGCCGUUAAAGUUUUAAAUCUUCUUCACCCAGCAGCUGCGAAGAGCUUCAGAGCUGAAUGCGAGGUUUUGAGGGAAGUCAGGCACAGAAAUCUCGUCAAGCUACUGACUUCGUGCUCGAGCGUUGACGGUAAAGGUAACGAAUUCAUGGCCUUGGUAUAUGAAUUCAUGGCAAACGGAAGCCUGGAUGAAUGGCUGCAUCAAGAUCCUGAAAUCGAAACUGACCCGGAUCUCGAGUUCCCACCGAGGAGGAAGCAGCUGAAUUUGUUACAGAGGUUGAAUAUUGCGACUGACGUCGCAAGUGCUUUGGAGUAUCUUCACCAUGGCCUGAAGACUCCGAUAGCUCAUUGUGAUCUGAAGCCGAGCAAUGUUCUUGUCAACCAUGAAAUGACAGGACUGGUGGGCGAUUUCGGGUUGGCCCGACUUUUCCCAGAAGCAAUAGCAGCCAAUCUUAGUAGCAGCCUGUCUAGUAGCUUUGGUGUCAGGGGAACUAUAGGUUACACAGCUCCAGAAUAUGGAAUGGGGAAUGAGGUUUCUACGAGCGGAGAUGUGUACAGCUACGGGAUGUUGCUGCUGGAGAUGUUCACCGGGAAGAGACCCACGGACGAGAUGUUCAAGGAUGGCCUGAACCUUCACCGUCACGCAGAAGUGGGUUCCUGGACGGAAGCGAGAGAGAUACUGGACGUAGUGCUGGUCGACGAGAUUGAAGGAGCAUCGAUAUCCUUCGCCACGACUACUAUGGUUCAAGAAUGUGUGGUUUCUAUACUUGGGAUCGGCAUAGCUGCUUCUGUGGAGUCUCCCGGAGAGCGGAUGAGGAUCAGUGAUAUUGCAGUGGAGCUGGAUGGAAUCAGAGACAAGCUUGCAGAAGAUUGGUGAUUUUUCAUGAUACACAAACAAGCGCCUACUGGUUACCUUGUUAAUAGCUCUUGCAAUAGUAGUUGCACGACAUACAUGAGACUAUAAGAGUAGUAAAGUAUAGUAUACCAACAGCAAUUGUAACCAAUAAAACUUUCUCAAUUAAUAGGGAGAGAACAGUUAAUGAAGCC